GGACAAAACAACAUGUUGACAUUUUUAUUUUGAGGUUAAAAGUUGCAAUUUUUUGUCGGGAUAAUUUGAAAAUAUAAAAUACCUACAAUGGAUGUGUUAUCCCGUCCAGCUGACGAAUUUGAAAACGAUCAAAGCGUAGAAGCAUUAUGGGCAAUGAAGGCAUACGAACAUGCAGAGAUUUACUUUAAUAUUCUGUGCUCAGUAGAUCCAAAAAUUCUACGUUUGACUCCUCAAGAUGAUCUGAUUUAUAAAUUGUUUCGGGAAGAGUUUCCUGACUUGAAAAUUGAUAUUAUUAUUGAGAGUGAGUUAAAAAGCACAAAGGAGAAGGCGAAAUGGAGACCAUUUUGCGAAAGAUUUAAGAAUAUUGUAGAAGAUUAUAAUUAUGGAACUUUGCUAAGAUCUGAUGCUUCCAGUGACUACAGUGAAGAGAAUACUAUGCUCGUUACAAAAAUUCAGUUUUUUGCUGUGGAAAUAGCGAGAAACAGGGAAGGUAUUAAUGACUGUUUGAGGGUCAAGUUUAUGCCAGAACCUAUCAAGGACCCUAAAGCUGAAGAUAGUUAAGAAUUUUUUUAAUUCGUUUAUAAAACUCACUUUAGUUCUAAGGGUUAUUUAAUAAAAAAAUUAUGAAAUAAGUAUUAAUAAAAUGAGCAUUUAAUUUUA